GAGGAACAGCCGCCACCUGCGCCGCAAGGGAGGGCGGGAGGAGCGGCAGCCGGCGGCGCGGGGGCCCGUGUCCCGCCUAGUGCACGAGAGAGGCGCGCGCCAUGGGCUCUCCUCAAGGUGCGCCGCUCGCGCUCCUCUUCCGAGGGACCUUCGCGCACUCCAGCUGCUCCUCGCCCCUGGACAUUCUCGCGGGCCACCUGUUGGGCGUCGACGAGAGCGGCAAGAUUGCAUUUUUGGAACCAGCUGAAGAGCAGGAGAAACUGGCAAAGAAGUGGGGAUUCAAAGCAUCUGACAUCCGAGAGCUCAGUAAUAAUGAAUUCUUCAUGCCAGGUUUGGUUGAUGCACACAUCCAUGCGCCACAGUAUUCUUUUGCAGGAACACGAAUCGAUCUGCCUCUUUUGCAGUGGUUGAAGGAAUAUACCUACCCAACAGAGGCCAAAUUCAAAGAUAAUGAUUUUGUGGAAGAGGUGUACACUAGAGUGGUGAGGCGAACACUGAAGAAUGGCACAACUACAGCCUGCUACUUUGGAACAAUUCACACAGAUGCAUCUUUGCUUCUCGCUGAUAUUAUAGAUAAAUUUGGCCAGAGGGCAUUUGUGGGUAAAGUGUGCAUGGACAUCAAUGAGAGUUUUGAACAGUACAAGGAGACCACCAGUGAAUCAGUCAAGGAGACGGAAAGGUUUGUUAGAGGAGUACUGGAAAAGAAAUAUCCAAGGGUUCACCCCAUAGUAACACCCCGCUUUGGACCAUCCUGUACAGAGGAACUGCUUAAUAGCCUUGGCAAGCUGGCAAAGAUUCAUGACCUUCAUGUGCAGAGUCACAUAAGUGAGAGUGAAGGAGAAAUGAAACUCGUAGAAAAACUAUUCCCUACUUAUCAAAACUAUACAGAGUUAUAUGAUAAAAACAAUCUUCUUACAAACAAGACAAUAAUGGCUCAUGGCUGCCAUCUUUCUGAUGAAGAACUGCAAGUUUUUAAUCUUAAAGGAGCUGCCAUUGUACAUUGCCCUAAUUCAAACAUAUCGUUGUGCAGUGGCCUUUUAAAUGCAAGGAAGGUUCUGAAGCAUCGCGUGAAGCUGGGCCUCGGCACAGAUGUUGCUGGUGGCUACUCAGCCUCUAUGCUUGAUGCUAUCAGAAAGGCAAUUAUGGUAUCUAACAUGAUUCAUAUUAACAAAGAGGAUGAAACAUGCUUAACUCUCAAGGAAGUUUUCCAACUAGCAACUCUUGGAGGGAGCCAAGCCCUUGGGCUAGAUACUGUGAUUGGAAACUUUGAAGUUGGCAAAGAAUUUGAUGCACUGCUUAUCAACACCAAAGCUUCAGACAGUCCUUUUGAGCUGUUUACUUGUGAUGCUUUUGAGGAUAUGAUCCAGAAAUUCCUAUAUCUGGGUGAUGACAGGAAUAUUGAAGAAGUUUAUGUGGCUGGCAAAUUGGUGGUGCCAUUUUCAAGCUCUGUCUAGAGUUAGAUCCUCUUGCCGCAAAAUGCUCUGCUGGUAACGCUAUAGCUUGGAAUAAUUGGGUGAAAAUGGGGUGCCUUGUUGUGAAGCCACGCUCACUCUGUUUAGUAUGUUUCUGAUUUGCACAAAAGAAGCCAAUUACACAUCAGAUACAAAAAAAGUAUUGUGCCAAUAAUGUAUGAGAGAGAGGCCAGGCCACAAAGAUCUAAAGUAAAAACAAACUUAUAUGUGGGGAAAACUCUGACAUAAAGAAGAAUCUCCAGAUGCAGUCAUAGUACACAUACCUCAAGUACACAUUGAAGUAAAUUUAUGAUUUUAAAUGUUUUUCCCAUAAAUUUUUAGGCAUCUUAUUAUAAAAUACUGAGGAUUUCAAUGAGAGCCAUACCAUUGGUAUGGGGGUGGGGCUGAUGAUGACACACCCCACCCCCAAAAAUCUGCAUCAAUCCUACUUCAACAUUCAGGUGACACAUUUCAGGGGAACAGUGCGCUGCACAUUGAAGGGGACUGGAAAUGCUCUGGUGUGUAAACAGGAACACUGGACUUUUGGGAUCCUGGUCAUUGUUUAUAAAUAUGUUUCAAGCAAAGCAAAGCAUAAUUCUUAACAAAGCCUAAACCCAUUCUCUGACGACAUUAAACAAUACUCAGGAAUUAUUUGGGGGAUGGGGUAGAAAAUUGAGCACAGAUACACUUUUAUCUCAAUUUGCUUAACCAUCCUUUCAAGCCAUUUUUUAUUUUUAUUUUUGCAUUUUUAAAUGUCUUUUUCAUCCAUCGCCUGAAAAGCACUUUUACUAAAAGGCUCUAAGGCCAGCAUAAAGAUCAUGUUCUGCUGACUUAUUUCCUUCUCACUAGCACACUGCUAGAUGUUUGUGAAUGUAAUCAUUACCAUAAACCUUGUUUGAACAAGCAGUUGCAGCAGCACUGAUGGGAACCCACACAUUCACACCCUGCAUCAGUUCCAAAUUGCUUCGAAUGUAAGCACAUGCUUCAACACCAGAAUCAGGGUGGUGCAAACAGUUCUUCCACACAAGGCUCCAAGCUGAGGGGGCACAAAAUUGAGAAGAUCCAUAACUGAGAAGAUCCAUUGGGGGCACCAAAUUUUGGCCUAGCACAGGACAUCAUAUUACGAAAGAUUACCAAAGUCUACCCCUGCAUGCUUAAUUUUAAAACAAUACCAAGGCUGGCUUUGAUAUUAGACAGAAUGAGGCAGCCUGUCUCAAGUGAAAGAUAAUAGUCAAUUAUUUCUUGGGUUUUAGGCCUCAGGCAUUUCUUGGGUUUUAGGCCUCAGGCACCACAAUGUCCUGUAACACUUUUUUUUUAAUGCAUGCUUAUAGACUGGGACAAGUUUAAUAGGGUCUUACUAGAGAAAUUAAUGUGAAUAAUUUUCUUCUUCUUCUUUGGUGAUCCCUCAUAGCCAAGUAAGAUUGUUUUCCAUAAACACAGUUUUAACAAUGAGUCUGUAAGUGACUGUGGAGACCAAUUCUGGAUCCAUGCAUUCUUCCACAGUGGGGACAUUGGUUUCUGGGCGGGAGUUGAUCACGGUGUGGAUGUGCCAAGCAUGCCUUCCUCUUAGCACGUUUCUCCCUUGCAUCCUGAGUUGAAGUGUCUUGGAUUCAGAAUAAAAUACAGAUUCAUACAGACAACCCCCCCCCCCCGGUAAAGGAGACCGAAGCGUUAUUUGUUUAGUCAUGGGUAUGUUGAUAUUUGAUUCAUAUGACUGCUGAAAGAAACUUUGCCACGGCACUGUGAUCUCAUUGGACUUGUCGUCCAGAAGAUAUUUGGUAUAGUAGCAGGGGCGUACAAAGUGGGGGGCGGAGGGGGCAGUCCACCCCAGGUGCCAAGAUGGCCCCUGCCUCCCCCCAGCUGUAGAGCGGCUGAGGGCGUGUGCAGUCAGUAUGGGCGCUGCUUACAUGGUGUCUGUACGGGCUUCCGUUCUUGCGCGGCCUCUGUACGGGCUGCCUCUCACACAGCGGCCGUAUGGGCUGCCGCUCUCUCACGCCGUCCAUACGGGUGACUGUAUGGGCUGCUGCACAUGCGCACUCACGCAGCAUCACCGGGCAUUUUGCCCUGCCCCUUGGCGUCCUGCCCCGGGUGUCAGAGAGGGUUCCUCUGCCACUGUAUAGUAGGCUUCAGAUUGACCCGGCCAAUUUGGCAAUAGUGGUUUAAUCAAUUGUUCCUUAGCUUGAUCAUAUUGUCCGCAAUGCAAUAUGCCUCAUGCAGUCGAUGUCCUGAGAGCAUACACAGAUCCUAUUUUGAUAAGGGAUACCUCUCAGUCUCCCAUUUAACACUUCUGAUGUAAAUACAUUUAAUCUGGCUUUCGUGAAAAGACACCUUUGGUAAAGGCUGUUCUCCAAUUGGAGCACUCGCAGGCAAGUGUUCCCCAAUUGUUGGUGUUUAUACUACUUUUUUUUUUUUAGAUUUGCCUUGGGACAGUCUUUAAACCUCUUUUGUUGACCAUCAGCAUUAUGCUUUCCAUUUUUAAGUUUUAAGGAAUAGAGUAAAGUGGUACCUCGGUUUAAGAACAGUCUGGUUUAUCUGGUUUAAGAACUAUUUGGUUUACAAACUCCGCAAAACUGGAAAUAGUGUCUUGGUUUGAGAACGUUACCUUAGUCUAAGAACGGAAUCCAGAGGCCUCAUUAGGGAAAGCGUGCCUCGGUUUAAGAACAGUUUCAGUUUAAGAACGGACUUCUGGAACGGACUAAGUUUGUAAACCAAGGUACCACUGUAUUUGCUUCGGAAGACGAUAAUCAGGCAUCCGCACAACAUGACCAGUCCAACGAAGUUGAUGUUGAAGAAUUAUUCUACAACUGCCUCAGCAAUAGUAUGCUUAAAAGGAGCAGUGUGGGAGAUGUCACUGAGCUGUUAACUGAGAGGGUCGUCUCAUUAUUAAACUGCAUUGCAAAUGUUGCCAGAAUAAAAUUUUAAGGGCCAAAGUUGAUGUUGCACCACCCUCUUUGGACACCCUUCAUUUCCUCAGCCCAAAUCACAACCCAAUGAUUUUCCCCUGUGGGGGUUUCAGUACAUGUUUUCUUUCAUUUGAACUGAUGCAGGGUGUGUGAAUGUGACUAACUGAGAUUUGAAGCUUGUAAAGAGCAAGUUUCAAGGAGGUCAGCCCUACCGCAUUCUCUGAUUCCAAUCAGCUCUCCAGAAUCAGCUUUUCCAGUUUUAAAGGUGUUGCAGAAAUGUUAAUUUGACACAGCAUCUAGUGAACAAGGUUUUAGGAAAUUAUUAAGGGAUAAACUAAUAGAUUCAAAUUGUACUUGACAAUCCAUUCUGAUAAAGCCCAUAGUUGUUUUGUGAGGAAGAGAUCAGAGGGCAAUAAAAGAGGAUUCAUUUCUCAUCUAUAUAAAACUGUGAACACAUAGUUUUGUGGCCAAUGUAUUUAUUUUAGUAUUAAAAGUAUAGCCCUCCUGUAUAAACCUCUUUUUUUUAGUUGUUUUCCGAACAAACAAUGUUGAAAAUAUAUUCUUAAAGUUUUGAUGUAAAAUAUUUUUUUAAUAGACUGCCAUUUUGAACUUCACAAAACUUUUAAAGGUGCACUACUUGCAAACCUUGAGCCCUUUCCAUCCAAGGUAAAUUAAUGGUCUCAUGGAAAAAUGGAUCUUGUUCUGUCAGAGUGAUGCACUCUGAUGGGGAAAAAGGCAGUCUUCUGUCUUUCAGUCAGCUGGCAGUUGUGUGUCAAUUGUCUGGCUUAUGGAAAUAAGUUGUGAGGGGACUCCUUCCUCUCCCAUCUGAACAAGCAGCAGAAUUGGCCUUAGUCAUCAGAAUGAGCAGAGGUGCUCUCUAGAUAGAACCUUAAAAAUCAUAACCACUGGGAAUGAGAGUAUAGUCAGGUGGAGUGUGCCAUGAAUCAGGAAGAGCAGGGCUCACUAUGUGUCUCUUGACACAUCCCUGUGCAUCCAGAGAGCGCAGUUCACUGACAAUGAUUAUUCUGAUAAUGCACGUGAAGUACUUAGGAUUUAUUGUGCUGUACCCACAGACUGGUAGGUGCUAAUGUACUAGAGUUGAACAGAGCACUUUUAGAAGGAUGUUGUGCCUUCUUUGGAUCUUUACCAGGUUGUCACAUUUGUAUAGGGCAUUUUUAGGAUUACUGCCAUGGUGCAGUGUUGUCUCUAAAGGGAAAAGGGUGAUGUCCUCAAUAUUGUUUAUCACUGCAUAGGCUAAGCAGAAAACCCUGCUGUAUGUAAGCCAAAAUAUAGCUUUGGUUGGUCAUGAAAGGAAAUGAAAAGGGAGUUGCUUUGACUUAGCCAAGAGUAUGUCCCAUCACAUUCCAAAUGGGGAAUUAAGUCUGUUUUCAGAAGCCUCACAUUCUCUUGUAUUUUCAUUUUACGAAAAUUUGAUACUAUGCCUCUCCCUCCUACCCCAUGACCCCCUUCUGUUCUUGUCAGCAUGCAAUUUAGACAAUGAAAAAGAAAGGAGAAUGUGGAAAUAUAGCUUAUUGGAGGGAUAUCUUAAAUGUGCACUUUGUGGAAACAAGCACUUUUCAUGGAGAUGAUCUGAAUGUAUAAUUCUGUCUCUAUCUUACUGUGCCACUUGCUAACCUUCUGUUUGAAGAUGUUAAUGAAACUGAAUAUUGCCUGUGCUUUGUGCAGCUAUGUGAAUGAUUUCGAUGUGACAAGUAGAGUUCUGCACUUUAAAGUGUUGCCUUGGCAUAGUGUCCAUGUUCUGUAGUAUUUGCAAACAGAUGGCUUAGUGAACUCAGAGAAAGGCUGCACCUUAUUUCCUUCUGUUGAAUGCUUCCCCCAAUGCACUGUGCUUGUAAAAGCAAACUUUUAAGAGUUUCACCACCUUGUCACUUCACACCAAAAUGUAGGGCUCCUGCUUGUGAAAAAAAUCUAAACCCUCCAUUUAAAUAAGAGGGGUUAGUGCGAUGACCCAAAGUCAGCCUUGUUGUAGUUGCUGAAUGAAGAGCACAACUUUCAGAUAGGCAGCAAGAGGUUAGUGUGUGCCACACACACAGUUAGGAGGCCGUAGCUAUUUUCACACUAGGACUGACAUGCUUGGAAUACUCAUACCACUCAAAGAUUUGGCAAGCCUUUGGGAUGUUGCUGGCUACAUUUCGGCUGCAUGGAUUAGAAUAUGUGGAGAAUAUAUCUCACCAAAGUGCAAGAGCUGUCAGUGCUGGUGUAAAAAAGGUGCUCUAAUCACAUUUUGCAGAAGUGCAAGACUGCUUUUUGAAGGAGGUAUUUUAAAUACUCUCACCAGAUCUCCUAUUUUCUUUUGAUUCCUUUUUUGGGGGGUUAGAAAUGCAUCUGGAAUUGUGAUUGUUGCUCUGUUUUCUGGCUGAUUUGUUGUCAGUUAUGCUAAAUGAGCACCUUUGUGCUGAUGUAACAAAAUAAAGAGGCCAUGUUUACAUUA